AAGAUGAACCAAUGCGAAUUCGUCGAUGAACACGAAGAAUCACCAGUGGUGCUGAAAAACGCUUUCGCUGAAGAGGAUAGAACGUCGCUACAGGCAUUCGAUGAUGGUGGUGAGGACGAUUGCGCAAGUUGCAUGAACAUCAUCUUGAGUACCUCGUCUGAGGACCUGACCCUGAGACCAACUCGGUCGAUUUUAAAGAAAAGUAAAGAAACGAGUAGUUGUGAAGUAAAGGCUCGUUCAAGUCGAUCCAAAUCAGUGACCUUCAGUAUGCCGGAUGAAACACCGCCACGGAAAAGAAAGGAAAGGAAUCCGAUCCGAAAGGAAUCAUUCUGCACAUCAUUCGGCUGGGAUCAAUUUUUGAUGACACGUGAGAAUGUUCGUCCAGUUCAGCUCUCAGUUAAAGUUGUGAGAUCGGAAUCGAAUUUACCGCAUUGGAUAACGUACUUGCAAUUGAACCAACGGAAGCGCAUUAAUCAAAUGGAACGACCAAAGCGUUCGGAUUUGAAGCAGUCAUCGGAAUCGGGUCGUUUCUUCACGUAUCGAUCGCAUUCCCUCAAUUCACCAUCGAAGGGUGGAGCACCUUUCAGUGUGACACAAUACAGGCACUAUGAUCAUCCAUUCUGGAUCAGUUCUUACGGAGAGGAUUUGAGUCGACGAAGUUCGUUAUCUUUCUAA